AUGGAGUGGAGCAACAAGUCAGUGGUGACUGAGUUUAUUCUAUUGGGUCUGUCUAGUUCUUGGGGACUCCAGCUUUCCCUUUUCUUUGUAUUCUCUAUAUUUUAUGGAGCUACUAUACUGGGCAAUAUGCUUAUUAUCCUCACAGUCAUUACAGACUCUCAACUGCACUCCCCCAUGUACUUCCUCCUCAGCAAUCUCUCCUUCAUCGAUGUGUGUCAGGCCACCUUUGCCACCCCCAAAAUGAUUGCUGACUUCCUAAAGGAGCACAAGACCAUCACCUUUAAGGGCUGCAUGUCUCAAAUCUUUUUCUUGCAUGUAUUUGGGGGCAGUGAAAUGGUGCUUCUUGUCGCCAUGGCCUAUGACAGGUACAUUGCUAUAUGCAAGCCCCUUCACUAUACGACCAUCAUGAGUCAACGUGUGUGCACAAUUUUAGUGGGGGUCUCAUGGACUAUUGGCAUCCUCCACUCAGCAAGCCACUUAGCUUUCACAGUGAACCUACCUUUCUGUGGGCCCAACAAGGUGGACAAUUUCUUCUGUGACCUUCCCGUAGUAAUCAAGCUUGCCUGUUUAGACACCUACUUUCUGGAGAUAAUGGUGCUAACCAAUAGUGGCCUGCUAUCCCUCAUCUGCUUUAUCCUUUUGCUUAUUUCUUACACAGUUAUCCUUGUCACUGUACAACAUCAAUCCUCUAGGGGGACCUCAAAAGCACUUUCCAUUCUGUCUGCCCAUGUUACUGUUGUGUUGCUUUUCUUUGGACCACUGCUCUUCAUCUACAUUUGGCCUUUUAACAGUUUUCCCAUUGACAAGUUUAUCUCUAUAUGUUUCACUGUCUUUACACCGUUCUUGAACCCUAUUAUUUAUACCCUGAGGAAUGAAGAGGUGAAGGCAGCCAUGAGGAAACUGAGGAGUCGGCACAUAGAGUCCCACCAUAUGUUCUAG